CAUCCUCUGACAGCCUAAGAAUAAGGAACAGACAAAUAAAUUAUUCAGCAUUGACCGGCAAAGAUAAUGGACAUAAAUAAACCCAAAAAACGACCGCGUUCCAGACGAAUUCGCUGCCGGAUUUGUCAAGUAGACUGUGAACCGAAUAAACUGUUAUGGAAUCGAGAUUUUCGCGAAAAGCUGCAAGAUAUCGCCUGUAUGUGGGUGAAGAUUACUCCCGGUAAGGAAAAAUACCAUGUGUGCAGUUCUUGCCAGAGAGAGGUUGAAGUGUAUCAUGCUUUCAAAAAACGUACCCGACAGUUUCUGCAAGGAGAUGUAGCAUCAACUAAGAUAGAGAUAGAUGAUGAUUACCAGUCCGAGCUGUUGCUUAAUUCCCUUCUGCAAAACUGUUCAGAAGAAGUUACUCUUCCACUGAAUACUACUGAAGGGACUACUUCAUUGGUGAAUGAUUCUUCAAAGAAGGACAACAGCCGUCAAACAGCUUCGAAAAAUUCAGAAUCUUUACCUGUGCAACCACCACCAUCAGACACUGAAGAUAUUGAAUUCCUACAGGAACCAGAUGCUGAAUCAACAAUUGUUGAAAUAUUGACUACGGAAGAAAUACAACCAGAAGAUAAUGCUGAUGAAUGUCAAAUGGACAAAACUGCUAAAAAAAUACGCCCCUAUAGGCGAAAAUUUCGACAAACUGACGAGGAAAAGGCUAUGUCGCAAGAAGAAUAUCAGCGGUAUUAUAAGAAAAUGCUGAUGAGCGAUAUGAAAAAGGUGUGUGACAUAUGCGGCAAAUCGAUCAAUCCCCAGCGAAUGGAAAGCCACAUGAACCGUCACAAAGGUGUGGAGCCAUACAGCUGCGAGGAAUGCGGACUGCGGUUUCACUGUAUCGCAAAUCUGCGGAAGCACAUCAACCGAAGUCACGCCAGCGGUCAAAACAUUACCUGCGAAAUUUGUAGUCGGGUUAGCAUCAGCAGAAUCGCUUACAAACAGCACCUCCGAGCUGCACAUUCGGAGAAAAAGUUUCAGUGCUCUCUUUGCCAUGUGAAAACCAUUACCCAACACGCAUUGGACAGGCACAUGGACAUUCACAACCAAAGACGGGACUUUGUUUGCCCGCAGUGUGGAAAAUCGUUCUACCGAAAGCACGUGCUCAAUAUUCAUCUGCGGACACACUCCGGCGAAACGCCAUACAAGUGCCAUGUCUGUGAGGAGGCUUUCGUCCAUCGGCGAAUCUAUGUGAUGCACAUGAAGAAGUGCCACCCCGAUGAACCGCUGAUGCAAGUGGAUAGAUUACGCGCAUUGAAGGAGGUUCUCAUGAAGAAGGAUAUUGGAUUGGGGUAGAGGAGAUUCGAUUGAAAUAAUAAACCUGUUGAGCCCAUGAAGGGAAGAGAA